CUUCAUGGUGUUUUUCAUUUUUUUUUACUUAAUUCUGUUAUUUCAAAAAAUUUACAGGGUUGCGAAGAUUGAUCAUCAUGAUGUUCCAGGAAAUUUAGAAUUCUUGUUAGGCUUGGUUAUUUAUAAGGUUUUGAAUUCUUUGUGCAGGUGUAAUUACUUGCUCAACAUUUGAAAAUGAGUGGCAGUCGCUUUUCUCAUAUUAUUUAUGUUGGCAAUCUUCCUAUUGAUGUCAAGGAGUGGGAAAUUGAGGACCUAUUUUACAAGUAUGGCCGUGUAUUGGAUAUUGAACUCAAGAUCCCUCCAAAUUCCCCUGCUUAUUGUUUUUUAGAGUUUCAAAACUCUUGCGAUGCUCAAGAUGCUAUUAGGGGACGGAAUGGCUACUAUUUGGAUGGUUGUUACUUGAUGGUUGAGCUUGCGCAUGGUGGUGGAGGGCCAUCCUCAUCAAGUGAUCCACACAGUAACUAUGGUGGUGGAGGGCCAUCCUCAUCAAGUGCUCCACACAGUAACUAUGGUGGCGCGGGAGGCCAUUACGGCAUUUCACGGCGACAAUCUAAAUAUCGAGUUAUUGUUCGUGGGAUUCCUUCAUCGACUUCCUUGCAAGAUUUGAAGAAUCAUAUGCAAAAAGCUGGUGAUGUGUGCUUCGCUGAAGUUUCUCGUGAUAGCGAGGGAACUUUUGGUAUAGUUGAUUAUACUAAUUAUGAGGAUAUGAAGUAUGCUAUCAGGAGGCUAGACAGAGCAGACUUUGGAAAUCCUUGGACAAGGACCUACAUCCGGGUGAAGUUGUAUGAGAUGAGUCCCUCAAGAAGCCAAAGCAGAAGCAGAAGUCCAAGGAACAAAAGAAGAGAAUCUUUGGAAUUGUCGGUUUCGAAGUCACCAUCAACAUCAAGAUCUAGGUCUAUAUCUGCAUCACCUGUCAAGUCACCCAUAGACGAACAAGAUCCAUAUCUCCUUGCGAGGAUCGCUCAGGCACUGCCUGAUAUGCAAGCAAAGCAUUUCACAGGAAGUGUCACAAAGGAUUUGUAGAGAACUUUGGUGGGAUACUUUUGUUCUAGACAGUUUGCUUGGAAGUAGUUUCGAAAAAUACUUUUAUAUGUUGUUUUUGUGUCUGAAUGAAAUCGUAAAAAACUUGCAGAACAGAUACUAUGAAGUUUCUUUCCAACAAGCUAGUUGUUGCUUUUAAUAUCUAUGUUUAUUUGGCUUAAACU